CAACAAAAAAAAACGGGCUGUGUUAUUUUACUUCCUGUAUAUAAUGGGGAUCACUAAACUGGCGGAUUUGAUUCGUAUUGAUGCUCCUUCUGCUAUUUCUCAUAAAGACAUCAGUGAUUACACGGGAAGAAUAAUUGCAUUGGAUACCUCUAUUGUUGUGAACCAAUUCCGGGCAGCAACACCAUCACUAAGUCCUUUGGCAGGUCUCUUCUUCCGCACGCUCACACUCUUGGAACAUGACAUAAAGCCAGUCUUUGUGUUUGACGGAAAGCCUCCCAGGGAAAAGACAGCGGUUCUUGAGAAAAGAGCUGAUGCAGCGGGCUGGAACUCUGCCAACUUGUCUGGCACAGCAUCUUCUAUGACGUUAGAUUGUCUUGAGCUCUUAAAGCUUCUUGGUGUACCCGUAAUCCAGGCUCCUGGUGAUGGUGAAGCACUAUGUGCCAAGCUGGUGAGAGAGGGGUCCGUGGAUGCUGUGGCAUCAGAAGACAUGGACACCCUGCCAUUUGGAGCAAAUGUUCUCAUCCGUCAACUGAAUGCCAAGAGGGACAGUGAUAUCAUUGAAUAUUCUUUACCCAAGCUGCUGGACAGUCUCCAAAUUACUCACAAGGAGUUUGUUGACCUCUGCAUUCUGUUGGGCUGCGACUACUGUGACAAGAUAUCCGGUUUGGGUCCGAGGAGAGCUCUGAUGCUGAUUCAGCAGCAUCGCACCAUUGAGAAUGUGGUUUUACAUAUCAACAGAAAGACGCAUCCUGUACCACCUCUUUGGAAGUAUCAAGAAGCAAGGAAAUUAUUCCUAGAACUACCAAAAACUGUAGCUCCUCAUCUCAUUUGGACAGAACCAGAUGAAGAGUCCUUGGUGAAGUUCCUCUGUGGCGUUAAACACAUCAAGGAGGCAAGAAUCCGUCAUCGAAUGGAGACGUUCCGCCAGCUACGGGAAAAAAAGCGAGAGGACAGGGACAAAGAGAAGGCAUCAGGAUCCCACAGGCAGGCGCGCAUGGAGGACUUUUUCAGAGUGACCAGAAAGAGGCCGCAGGCUGUGGCAGCUGCACAUGAUGUAAACAACUACGCAAAGAGACCAAAGUCCAAAAAAUAAGGACACAAUCAUCGUUCUCCAACAUCUUGGAAAAAAAUUACUUUCUUCUCUAUACAGCUUCUUGAGAUAUUUGGGAAAAAAAAUGUGAUCAUAUCCUGCCUGUAGAACUGAUAUUUUUAAUUUUAUCUGAAUCUAAUACACUUUUCUUUUUAAUGUAGUACAAUGUGGCAAUCAUGACCCUAUGUAUUUUUGGAGUUCUGCAAAUACAAAUCAUGUCAUUACUUUCAUUCAUGUUUCUUAUUUAACAAACAAACGUACUGAACAGGCUCAAGCAUAUUAGAGGUACCUCCAAAUAAUUGAGAAGCCAAAACGGGUAUUUUGCAAGACUUCAAGCUGUCAUCUGUAGAUGGACGCUCCGUCACCAGCAGUAUUCUGAGCAUCACAGCUCCCUGAGCAAGUCUUCAGUUGGCCAGAGUUUCCUGCUGGGCGGGCGAUGGACGGCUCUGAAAGAGAACAGUGGAGCAUUGUGUGUGAGCCCAAACAUGGGAGAGAGGGGACGUUUCAUCGCGCGAUAUUUAAUGAGCACCUGUUGUAUAAAUUGUGCCAAAGCACAGACAGGAAGACUUGAAUUUUAAUGUGUAAAGAAAUGUAAGAUGUUUAGUUUACAUUUGUAAGCCCCCCUUUUUCUUUUUAAUCACAUUUGGUUCUUUGGUAUACAGAUUUUAACACACUCGUGGAAGAAUGUAUCACUGAACCACAGAGAUUAAUAUAUAUUUAGACUUCA